AUGAAGCUCGUUUGGUCUCCAGAGACGGCCACAAAAGCUUACAUCGACACCGUAAAAUCGUGCAAAGUUUUCCAUGAAUCGGGCGUAGCCGAGCUCGUUUCGGCCAUGGCAGCCGGGUGGAACGCCCGGCUGGUCAUCGAGACGUGGGCCCAAGGCGGGCCCACGGCAACCAGCGUCGGGCUCGCUGUUGCUGCAGCACACACGGGCGCAAAACACGUGUGUUUAGUCCCCGACGAGGCAUCCAGGUCAGCAUACGCAGAGUCCAUGAGAGGGCACGGGCUGCCACCUGGCGACGUCGUGGUGGGCCCCACGGAGAGUGCCGUGGGGAAAUUGGAAGGGAUCGACUUCUUGGUGGCAGACUGCACGCAGGACGAUCUUGCAGGGAUGCUGUGCGCUGCUAGGUUGUGUGAGAGAGGAGCCGUGAUCGUGUGCAAGAACGCCAGCUCGCGGGCCGACUUGGAUUCCAGGUGGCGGGAGGCGAUUGGUGGGGAGAGGAGGAGGAGGAUCGUGAGGUCGGUUUUUUUGCCAGUCGGGAAAGGUUUGAAUAUUGCGCACGUUGGGGCCAUGGGUGGUGGCUCGGGUGAGGAGAAAAAGAAGAGCAGAUGGGUCAAACAUGUUGACCAGCGGUCGGGAGAGGAGUUCGUAUUCAGGAAAUACUGA